UCUCUCUCUCUCUCUCUCUCUCUCUCUCUCUCUCUCUCUCUCUCUCUCUCUCUCUCUCUCCAAUUACCAUUUCCAGCCUUGGUGUUGAACCUGCAUUUUAUCAUGUGACAUAUACAUUCACCAUUUAUAGUCAUACUAGGCCAGUGGUAAAGAGGAAACCACACAAAUAAUCAUCAGUGUGGUUUUUGGUCGCAGAUACAAAACUUGGGUUUGGUUUCUCUUUUGAGGUUCCUUUUUCUCUCAUGAUUGUUCAUGUUGUUUCAGAGAGUGGUAAUUUAGAACCCAAGAUCAAGUUUUGGGACUGAAAAUCUUUUCUUUGAAGAAUGGUGAACUCGUUCCUCAAAACCCUAGAAAAUUGUGGAGAUCCCUGAACUGAGAAACUUAGGCAUUUGUGUUUCUUAUUCAGAGGAGGAGAGAGCAAUAUCUAAAAUCUUUCUGAAACCCUAGGAUUUGGGGUGUUGGGUCUCUAAAACGAUCCAUUUUCCAAUAGUAGUGUGGCCAUAGAUUCUAUUUUGAAACUUGGGUUCUGAGUUUACUCCCAAACCAAGAUUCUUUGGACCCCAGUUUCUGGGUUUUGGGAAGUGGGUUUGUUGCACUAAGCCCUAGACUCUGUUUUCAAGGUGGGGUGAGGAGGAAUUAUGCUUGGGGACAAUGGUUUAUGCCUUCAUGGGAAGUGGGUUUAUUGGACUAAGGCCUCUGUGUUAUCAUGGUGGAUUUAGGGAUACUAGUUUUCUGGAAGUGGGUUCUUUGGCCUAAAGCCUAAACUGUGUUUUCAUGGUGGAUUGAAAGGGAACUAGGGUCAGGAUUUGGGACUUUAGUUGCAGAGGAGAGGGUGGGUAAUGUCUGCGAAGCUGCUUCAUGCAUUAUCAGAAGAACACGCAGAGUUGCAAAAACAAAUUGGAUGCAUGACUGGAAUUUUUCAGCUUUUUGACAGGCACCACCUUAUUACUGGAAAGCGCGUUAAUGGCUUCCAUCCAAAGAGUUUACCUUCAGACCGUUCUCUCUCUAACACCACCAUACAUGGAGCAAAGGACAAUGGGUGCCCUCCUCAGGUUACCAUGGGGAAAAAUCAGAUCCAAAACCAGAGCCAGAGAUCUUCUGUUGAGGCCCCUCGAACUUCUCUCUCUUCCUCCUCUUGUUCUUCCUCUUUCUCUUCUCUCGAUAACCGAUCAUUACCUCAAUCUGAGAUCCCGUCUCUCGAGCACUACAGUUUCUCUGAUAAAUCUCAAAAAAAUUUGCAGAAAUCACAUAAGCAGGCAUCCAGUAACAAACAGAGUCUCUUGAAUUCUCGAAAUGAGACUUCCAAUUCUUCAGCUCAAAUGGGUCGACCAUCUCUUGAUUUCAGAGACCUGGUUAAGGACUCAAUUUAUAGAGAAACCAAAGGAUUAUCAGUGAAAACCAAAACCAAAGAGGAGACUAUACAGCGUCCAUUAAAGCCCCAAGACUCCCCAAGACCUCCUCUUCAACUGCCCAAACCACUUGAUGAACCCACUGGUUUUAAUGCAAAGGGGAGAGCUUCUUCAGUUGAUCUGAAUGAGUCGCUUAGAGUCCUUGCAAAGCUCAAAGAAGCACCAUGGUGCUUUAAUGAGCCUCGUGACCCCCCAAGAACUUCUUAUGAAUCAAAAGAUGGGUCUCUGUUCUCUCUAUCUAAAGAUGGGUCUGUGUUCUCUCUCCCUAAAGAUGCCCCACGUUUCUCCUACGAUGGGAGAGAAGCUCCUCGACCAUCUUCAAAGAUCAGAGAGCUUCCAAGGCUAUCCUUGGAUAGCGGAGAUAGCUCUUCAAGGAGCUCUAGUUUUGAUCUCAAGUUGGGCACCAUUACAAAAGAGUUGCAGAGGAGCAGCUUUGAACCAAAGAGGAAUAGCAUUUCGAGUAUCAAAACAAGCUCUGUUUUGAAGGAUUUGCAAAAAAGUGUUACUGAUCAAAAGAGCUCUGGUCGUGAAGCCAUGAAACCUCAACUAGAACCAGAGUUCAAGAGGCAACCUCCAAGUGUUGUGGCCCGACUUAUGGGCUUGGAAGCCAUGCCCAAUUCUGGUAAUUUUCAAGCUCAGGACCAGUUUGUUCCAACCAAAACUUUAAUUCAUGAAGCUGAUAACUUUCCUGGUAGUCAGAAAACUGGUAGUGGUUUUUCUGGUACCUCGAAAACUUUGGAAGAAACAAGACCUGAUCGGCACUCUAGCUCGCCAAGGAGCUCUCUGAGAGACCCAACUUCCCCAAGAGCAAAGAAUUCGAAUCCAAUUAUGAAACCCAUCGCUAAUUCAAGGAUUCCAGUUGAGGCUGCUCCAUGGAGGCAGCAAAAUAAUAGUCGUUCCCCUCGAAAAAUGCCGGAUGUUACAGCACCACAAUUUGUUUACACCGAGAUAGAGAAGAGGUUGAAAGAGCUAGAGUCUCAGCACUCUGAUAAGGAUCUCAGAGCUCUGAAACAAAUACUAGAUUGCAUGCAGGCUAAGGGGCUUUUAGAUUCCGACAGAGAGGAAGAUCCAUAUCAAAAGAGUUACCAAAACCAGAACCAGAACCAGAACCAAAUUGGAUUUGAUCUCAGUUCGAGACUUGCCGGAAUUCGGCGAAACCAGCCAGAAAAUUGCCGGGUUCCGGUAGUGAACAAGGGAAAUUCGGGCCCCAGGGAGUUUAAAUCUCCAAUAGUGAUCAUGAAGCCAGCAAAACUUAUGGAUAAGUCCAGUGACUCUCAUCUAAUCCCUUUUGAUGGUUUAUCGGGUCCUCGAGCUGGUAAACUUCUUGGGCAAAUUCAGAGUAAUAAUCCUAUUGAUACAAACCGAAAAGCUUCUGGUAUUAACAGAAUACCAAAGGAUCCUACUUCCAGAAAUGGUCAGAGAGAGCUCCAUGGUCGAGUUUCAGAUAAGCAUAACAAUGGCAGGGCUGAAGAAAAUUCGAAUUCACAGAAAGGGGUUCGAUCAAAUCAAAACCCAUCGAGGCCUCAACAAUCAGUCAAAGAGCGCACUAGUUCUGCGAAGAGCUCAGGGGGUUCUUUAAGCCCAAGAUUACAACAAAAGAAGUUGGAAUCAGAGAAGAAAACCAAGAGCUCUGCAACUUUGCCGGAUUCUGGCAAGCCUCGCCGGACUUCUGGCCAAGUGGGUUCUCCAGGAAGCCGGCAAAGGCUUGUGUAUGAUGACCAAAUUAGUGAUAUCAGUAGUGAUACAAGGAAUUUGAGUCGACAGGGUGAUGAAGUCUCUCUAAGAUCGGAUAGUAAUAUUAGCUCAGCAUCACAGGUGGAUAUUGAAGUUACAAGUGCUGAUCGAUCAGGUGAAGUGGAUUCUGUCAAUUUACGGCGAAGAGAGAGGGACCCAGUUCGCGGUGUCACUGGAAAUCACAUUCAGAGUAUAAAACAGAAGAAGGCGCAGAUUAACCUAAGAGAUGGUACGGCAGCAACCCCAAUCCCCACAAAAGACAUAGCAAAGGAACGCUCAGCUCUUGUCCCUGAGCAGCCAAGCCCUGUAUCUGUCCUCUAUGCCUCAUUUUACCGGGACGAACUUUCCCCUUCUCCUGUGAAGAAGAUCCCCACUUCAUUCAAAGGUGACAUGAUCCAAAACCCAACCGCCAACCUUUGCACCGAGGACACAUGGGACCCGCUAGCCCUUAGUAAUCCGGGCACCAAGCUAGCCAGUGUCAAGAGCCUAGUCCACAAGCUUGAGAGGCUCAACUCAGCUCACGACGAGGCCACAACUGAUCACAUUGCGUCACUAUGCGAGCACACCAACCCUGAUUGCCGCUAUGUAUCUGAGAUCCUUUUGGCCUCUGGCUAUCUCCUUGAGGGCCUCAGCAACAGGCCUAGCCUGCCCCAUGGCUCAAACCCAUUGAGCCCCGACUUGUUCCUAGUACUCGAGCAAACCAAGCCAGCGGCUCAACGCACCAAACUGGAGAUGGCCCACCGAAGGUUGAUAUUUGAUAUGGUGAAUGAGAUUCUAGCAAACAUGCUCACUGACCUCGCCAGUGGCUCUUGGCUUGAGCCUCGGAUCCAGACUGUUGGACCCAUAGGGGCCCAAAGUCCAGGUUUUGGUGCAAUGGAGGGGACUUCUAGAGACAAGCUUGUAUACCUAGGCCUGGGCUCACAGAUCAAGCCUUGGACUCGAUGGGAUGGGCCUAAAGAGAGUCCUAGUAUGCUUCUUCAUACAUUGGAUGAGAUUCAUGGAAGACCCAGGAUCUCAAGGACCAAGCCGUGGGUUCGAGCCAAUGGGCUAAAAGGGGGCCAUCAGUUGGUACUGGUGGUGUGCGAGGAGCUUGAGAGGCUAGCUCGAGUUGCGUCGGGUUAUGAAGAUUUUGAUGAGUUUUUGGACUCGAUGGUCCGCGAGGAGAUAUCAAGAAGGCCGCCUAACAGUCAAAGUGAGCGCGAUGGUGUGGUUUUGGAUUUGGAGAGGAUGAUAUUUAAGGAGUUGGUUGAUGAGAUGGUGAGUAGUGAGGCGAGGAGUUGUAGAGUCGGGUCCAUUGGGGCCCGGAGGCGACAGCUAUUUUCGGGUUAGGGAGGAUUGUGAGAUCUAAGAAGAAAAAAAAAAACAAUUAAUUGGUGUUUUAUUUUGUUUGAUGUUAUUUUUAUGGGAGAUGAGCCCAAGUGGGUUUGAGCUGUGUGGGAUCGAAAGUGGGUUUUUUGCUCUCUUUUUCAUCUGCCUUUUAUUCUUUUACGAGUUCUAUUCACAGCUUGUAACUAUAUAAGAAGUCUCAUUUGAGGUUCUCGUUAACCAUUAGAGUCUUACUGGGAUUUCCCCUAUAUUUUAUCCAUGAAUUUCAGCGAA